AUGUCUCAAAGCGAAUCUCUGAAGGGCGUGCAAGCACUGCUUUUCGACGUCUUUGGAACCGUAGUGGAUUGGCGGGAAAGCGUCUCCGAACAGCUCCGUACACGCACGGAAGGAUCGAUCUCUGAAGACUGGGUGGAAUUUGCGGAUGAAUGGAGGAAGGGCUAUUACAAGGGAGUUCGGCGCGUCGCACAAGGCGGCGAAGGCCCUACUAACAUCGAUGUGAUGCACAGAGAGAUUCUCGAUGAAAUGUUGGAUUCGCCGAGAUGGAAACACUUGGCGUCGCGCUGGAAUGACGACGAGCGGCAGGAGCUGGUCCUAAUGUGGCACCGUUUGCAUGGUUGGCCUGAUGCCACCGAAGGUUUAUACGCUUUGAAGAAGAAAGUUAUCAUCGGUGCUCUUUCCAACGGAAAUAUAAGGCUGUUGGUAGACAUGGCUAAGUAUACCGAGCUCCCUUGGGACGUUGUGUACUCCGGUGAACUGCUGGGCUCUUACAAGCCCAACCCGAAAGUGUACCUCGGUGCCAUGCAGCAUCUAUCGUUAGCGCCCAGCAGCUGCGCUAUGGUGGCGGCUCACAUCUACGACCUGCAGGCAGCGGCCGCCUGCGGUAUGAAGACCGUCUACGUGCGUCGUUUAUCAGAGGAUCCCCUCGAAGUACGCGACCAAGUCAAGAGCAAGGCGAAUGGGGGUGAAGUCGACGCGGUGGUUGACUCAUUCAUCGAGCUUGCUACCUUGCUGUCCAAGUGA